GAAGGGGAGCAGCGGAGAAUAUUUGCGUCGUCCUCUGCGCUUUAUUCCAUUUCCAUUCUUCGUACUCGCUCUCAAGCUCUCAAGCUCUCCACGAGUCCACGAUCUUUGCGAUCUACUGUGUUUCCUUCCGUGGUCAUCCUUCCUCACACUGUCACUCUCAAGCUCCCCACAAUCGUUCGGUCAUUCUUCACUCGGACUCUCUCAAGCUCUCCAGUGAAACGUUGAUUGGCUUCUAGUCUUUGAGAGCACCGAACUGCGACACUUCAUUUUCGCUGAGGAAGGCUAUGGAGCAGAAGGCAUUCUUUGCGAUUCUUGUUCUUCUUGUGCAGGUUUUAACGAUCGCUGCUCGAGAUGUCAUCCCGAAGACUCGUGCAA